AUGAAGACCACCACCGCCACCACCACCACUACCACCUCCACCGCCACCGCCAACACCAAGCUCAUCUUCCUCCACUCCUCAUCCAACUUCCACAAACCCACCACCAAUGCCGCCUCCUCCUCUUCCGUCUCCCACCGCCUUUGGCUCCUCUUCAUCUUCACCUUAUUCACUCUCGCUUUCGCCCUCGCCCUCUUCAACACCACCCUCCCCAACCCCACCUCCCUCUCCCCCACCUCCACCGUUCCCCUCCCUCCCUCCAUCUCCGACGCCCUUCUCCACUACGCCAUUUCCUCCAACUCCUCCUCCUUCUCCCCAUCUUCACACAUGUCCCUCUCCGAAAUCACAGCCAUCUCCACCGUCCUAAGCUCCUGCUCACACGCAUGUAACGUCCUCGUCUUCGGCCUUACCCACGAGUCUCUCCUCUGGCACGCCCUCAACCUCAACGGCCGCACCGUCUUCCUCGACGACAACGAGUUCCUCAUCUCCAAGUUCGAACAGUCCCACCCCUACCACGGCAUCGAAGCCUACGACGUGUCGUUCGCCACCAGGGUCAAGGACUUCAAGUCCCUCCUCUCCGCCACCAAGUCUCAACUCCAACACGACUGUCGUCCGGUGCAGAACUUGCUGUUCUCCGACUGCAAGCUCGGGAUCAACGACAUGCCGAAUCACAUAUACCAAGUCCCGUGGGAUGUGAUCCUUGUCGACGGGCCAAGUGGGUAUUCCGCGGCGUCGCCGGGCCGGAUGGCGCCGAUUUUCACCGCCGGAGUAUUGGCCCGGAGCAAGAAGGACGGCGGGGACAAGACCCAUGUUUUUGUUCAUGAUUUUUUUAGAGAUGUUGAGAGGAUUACUAGCGACGAGUUUCUUUGCCGGGAAAACUUGGUGCAGGCUGUGGAUUUGCUGGGGCAUUUUGUUGUGGAGAAAAUGGAAGCUCACAAAUUUGAGUUUUGUAAAAACCCGACAUCAUCAUCAUCAUCAUUACAAUCUUCUCCGUCUGAAUCAUCAGAGAAUGAAGACGGUGAUGAUUAUCAAGAUGAUUAAUUCUAGAUGGGUUUUUUUUUGUGUUUUGUAAUUAUAUAUACUUUGUAAUGAUUAUUACAUUUUAGUGAUUUUACCCCUUAUUCUUUCUUGUUCUUACUAUUCUAAAGUUUAGGUGGGCAA